GACGGUGAAGCAGCCAGUUUCAUGAGGAGAGCAGCUGCUGGAGACGUGGGGACAGAUGUGAGUUCAUCAGCAGACAGAAGCUUUAACACUGAGGACUGGACAGACAGACCACAUCAGAUAAAGCACAUCAAUGAAGACACCUGGCAUGGCGGUUUUCAAGCAACAGAACGUGGAUGAUUUCUAUGAAAUUGGGGAGGAACUAGGAAGUGGGCAGUUUGCAAUAGUCAAGCGCUGCACAGAGAAGAGCACGGGCACCGAAUACGCCGCUAAGUUCAUCAAGAAGCGGCAGAGUCGGGCCAGCAGGCGAGGCGUGAGGAGAGAGGAGAUCGAGAGGGAAGUGACCAUCCUGCAGGAGCUCCAGCACGCCAACAUCGUGUCCCUGCACGACGUGUACGAGAACCGCACAGACGUGGUGCUCAUCCUCGAACUGGUCUCUGGAGGAGAGCUGUUUGACUUCCUGGCUCAGAAGGAGUCUCUCAGUGAAGAGCAGGCCACUCAGUUUAUCAAACAGGUCCUGAACGGAGUCCAGUACCUCCACUCCAAGAGGAUCGCACACUUUGAUCUGAAGCCUGAAAACAUAAUGCUGCUGGACAGGAACGUUCCUCUACCCCGCAUCAAACUCAUAGACUUCGGCCUCGCACACAAAAUAGAAGCUGGCGCAGAUUUCAAAAACAUAGCUGGCACUCCAGAGUUUGUCGCUCCAGAGAUAGUCAACUACGAGCAACUGGGAUUGGAGGCAGACAUGUGGAGCAUCGGAGUCAUCACGUAUAUACUGUUAAGCGGCGCCUCACCUUUCCUGGGUGACACCAAGCAGGAAACGCUGGGGAACAUCUCAGCGAUGAGCUACGAUUUCGACGAGGAGUUCUUCAGCAACACGAGCGAGCUGGCCAAGAGCUUCAUCCGACAGCUCCUGGAGAAGGACACGAGAAAACGGUUGACCAUACAAGAAACCCUCAAUCAUCCUUGGAUCAAGUCCUGCGGUCACACGGAGGAGGACAGCGCCGCCCCUGAGGCCGAGAAGAAAGCCGAGCAACUGAAGACCAAGCGUCUGAAGGAGUACACCAUCCAGCUGCAUUCCAGUAUGCCGCAGAACAACACGUACGCUAACUUUGAGCGCUUCGCCCAUGUGGUGGAAGACAUCAGCCUGAUGGAGACGGGCCUGUCAGAGGUGGCAGGGGCCCACCACUCUCUUCAGGGGGACAUCGAGGCGCUGCUCUCCAUCUACAAUAACAAGGAGGCCUGGUACAAGGAGGAGAGCGAGGCAGCGCGGAAGCAGCUGUCCCAGGUCCACUAUGAGUUUCGCAAAGUGGAGAACACCAGGAGGCUGCUGCAGGAGGACGUGAAGGCCGUAGAUGCCGGCCUGGAGAGCAUCAGCGGGAAAUACAACCAGAGGCAGAGCCAGAUGGACGCUCUGCGGCUGGAGCUGGAUUCUGAAAUGCAGUGGCUGCAUGAGGCGAUGAGCUCCCUGCAUCCAGAGGGCGCUGGCAGCGUCCACAGCAGCAGUCUGAACAUGGACGUGAAGCAGGCGCUGAAGGAGCUGCUGAGUCAGUCCUGCGGGGGGGAACUGAGCCCAGAGGCCCAGCAGCCGCUCAGCGAGUCGGGUUAACACGCUCAGACCAGGACACGCUCUCAUUGGACUUAGGGAUCUUAACGUGUUCUACACAUUGAUUUUUGUUUUCAGAGACACAAACUUUUGAAUGUAUAUGUGUAGUCUCCUUUUUAAAAUUAUUUCUAGAUUUCUUUAUUUGUGAAAACAAACUAAAUUCUCAGUUGAAGGAAUAGAUUGCAGGAAAUACACGUGAUUGCUUUCUUGUUGAGGGAUAAAUGAGAUCCCAUUGAUUUUUAAAUAGAGAUAUUGAUUAUCAACCCUAAUAUUGUAAUCAUCGGAGGUAGACAAGAUAAAAAAAAUUCAUCGAGGGCAAAAUCACCUGUAAAAUGCCAACUUGGCAUCUACCCGUAGUGGUUAAGAGAGCAAAUAAUCAUAUUUCACAAAAUGUCCAAAAUUUAUUUUAUGUGGUACAAUAUUAAAAAUGUUACUAAACUUGAAAUGUUAUUAACAGAAGCUGAGUAAACUUACGCACAGCUCUUUUUGAUGGAGCAGCUUUGGUGGCCUGUAGCAAUGAAGACAACAAUGGUUAUGAAUGUGUUUACUCCGUCACGUUUACAUGAAUACUGAAUCAAACAGCAAAUAUUUUCAAUUGAAUGUAUUUGAAGUUCACAUUUUCUGAUUGAUUUAUUGUUUUUGUUAUCCCAGUCAAUUUUUUUGACUAUACAUACAUAUUUUUACAAUGGUUAUAAAUGUGUAAAAUAACUUUUGUAGUCUUAUUAAUUAACAAUGGGCACUUUUAAUGAAGGUUGAAUUUAUUUAUUUGAUGUAAAAUCCUUUGUAUUUCUUUCUUGGAGAUGUUACAACAGCAUCUAUGAUGAGAUAUAGUCGAUGAGUUUUGCACCUUUAUCAGUGUUUUUCAACAUCUCAACAGAUGUUCACACCUCACAGAUGUUUUGGUCUCGCCGUUGAUAUGCACACUGACGUUUUUAACUGUUGUCAAAACCUCUGAAAUAAAUGUUCUUUAUUUAUUACACA